CAGUCCGCGGCGGCUGCUGCUGCCUGUGGCCCGGGCGGCUGGGAGAAGCGGAGUGUUGGUGAGUGACGCGGCGGAGGUGUAGUUUGACGCGGUGUGUUACGUGGGGGAGAGAAUAAAACUCCAGCGAGAUCCGGGCCGCGAACGAAAGCAGUGACGGAGGAGCUUGUACCACCGGUAAUUUGUGGAUACUGUCCCAGUAGAACUUCUCUUGUUUUGAGGCAAACCAUUCAGAGACCCAAUUUUUCACUUCUUCGUAUGUUUUGAAGUGCUGCUCAGAAAGUGUGUGUGCCGUCGAUGAGAACAAGUGAUAAUCUGAAGGAGCAGGUCUGGUGAAUACGGCAGGUGGCUAAAUGACCAUGGAAUCUGGAGCAGAGAACCAGCAGAGUGGAGAUGCAGCUGUAACAGAAGCUGAAAACCAGCAAAUGACCGUUCAAGCCCAGCCACAGAUUGCCACAUUAGCCCAGGUAUCUAUGCCAGCAGCUCAUGCAACAUCAUCUGCUCCCACCGUAACAUUAGUACAGCUGCCCAAUGGGCAGACAGUUCAAGUCCAUGGAGUUAUUCAGGCGGCCCAGCCAUCAGUUAUUCAGUCUCCACAAGUCCAGACAGUUCAGUCUUCCUGUAAGGACUUAAAAAGACUUUUCUCCGGAACUCAGAUUUCAACUAUUGCAGAAAGUGAAGAUUCACAGGAGUCAGUGGAUAGUGUAACUGAUUCCCAAAAACGAAGAGAGAUUCUUUCAAGGAGGCCUUCCUACAGGAAAAUUUUGAAUGACUUAUCUUCUGAUGCACCAGGAGUGCCAAGAAUUGAAGAAGAGAAGUCUGAAGAGGAGACUUCAGCACCCGCCAUCACCACUGUAACGGUGCCAACGCCGAUUUACCAAACUAGCAGUGGACAGUAUAUUGCCAUUACCCAGGGAGGAGCAAUACAACUGGCUAACAAUGGUACCGAUGGGGUACAGGGCCUGCAAACAUUAACCAUGACCAAUGCAGCCGCCACUCAGCCGGGUACUACUAUUCUGCAGUAUGCACAGACCACUGAUGGACAGCAGAUCUUAGUGCCCAGCAACCAAGUUGUUGUUCAAGCGGCCUCCGGAGAUGUACAAACAUACCAGAUUCGCACAGCACCCACUAGCACCAUCGCCCCUGGAGUUGUUAUGGCAUCCUCUCCAGCGCUUCCUACACAGCCUGCUGAAGAAGCUGCACGAAAGAGAGAGGUUCGUCUAAUGAAAAACAGGGAAGCAGCACGAGAGUGUCGUAGAAAGAAGAAAGAAUAUGUGAAGUGUUUAGAAAACAGAGUGGCAGUGCUUGAAAACCAAAACAAGACACUGAUUGAGGAGCUAAAAGCACUUAAGGACCUUUACUGCCACAAAUCAGAUUAAUUUGGGAUUUAAAUCUCACCUGUUACAUUGGACAAAGAACUGGCUUGGCCACAACCAGAAAGACAAAAUAAACAUUUUAUUUUCUAAACAUUUCUUUUUUUCUAUGCGCAAAACUGCCUGAAAGCAACUACAGAAUUUCAUUCAUUUGUGCUUUUGCAUUAAACUGUGAAUGUUCCAACUCCUGCCUCCACUUCUCCCUUCAAGAAGUUUUCAGCACCAGGAAUCAUGAAGAGACUUCUGCAGUUCAUCCCCCAUCCUCCUUAAGAAGUAAUAAUUGAUUGACUUGUAAAUUGAUGGGGGAAAUGAGGAAAAGAAAAUUUUUUUAAUGAUUUCAAGGUUUGUGCUGAGCGCCUUGAUUGCCUUAGGGACAGAAUUACCCCAGCCUCUUGAGCUGAAGUAAUGUGUGGGCCACAUGCAUAAAGUAAGUAAGGUGCAAUGAAGAAGUGAUUGCCAAAUUGACGUUUCCACAUUUUCAUGGUGAAUUAUGUAAAAUCAUUAAAAGAAAUACCCUCUAAAGAAUGGUGUUGAAGAAAGAUGAACAGAGUUUAUGAAGGAGCAUCAUUCUAAGAAUUGAGUGAUGUAGUAUAUUUGGACAAUAUACCAGAUGCUCAACAAGGCUUUCAAACAACUGUAAAGAUUGAUGUUUAUCCUGCUGAGCUAUUGGGGAAUGUUAUAGUAUAAAAAUUAUUUGUAUACCAGUAUAGAGAUGUCAUUUUUCAAAACUGGUUUAACAGAAACCAAGCAAAAUCACAAAUUUGUUCACCAACUAGAAUUCUUUCGUAAUUAGUCAAAGUGAACAUUUUGAAUGUCAUAAGCUUUAUAAAUGAAAAUUGCCUAGUAUUUAGCAAGUUAUAAAGGAAAGUUACACGUUUUUCAAAAGUUAGGGCUUUCUAUUUAAUUAGAAAUUUGGUGGUCCUCUUAGUCCCUGAUGAAUCAAGGCAAUCACUUCCAUAUUAACUGGUUGGAUUUUUAAGUUAUAAAGACCGGGUCCUUUAUACCUUGAGGAUGAUUGCACUGGUUUGAAGUUAGUUACUUAAAUGGUGAGAUAACAAAUGUAUUCUGUUGCUAAAUCUGUUUUAGACCCUUGGAGAGACUUGAAGAUUUCAGUUUAUAGAAAUUAAGCAUCUUUUGUGCAGACCUUUUUUUUUAAAAAAAAAGAAUUGGGGAAAAGGUUAGUUUUUAUGCAUGCAACUUUGAGAAUUUUUAUUAAGAAAAUGACAUAAUGAAAAAAAAAUAUUGUAGCCAAGAACAUAAAUGGCCAUGUUACCAGUAAUAAUUGUUUUUUUUUCUCUUCAUAUUGGCCAAAAGGGAAUGAAAAUGUUAUCAUAGGAAUUUGUACAUAUGCUACUGAUUUGCCUAGAAAAUAGUUUGUUAUCACUUUGCAAACAUAGGGCCAUGUGGCACUUUUAUCUAUAGGACAGAUGAAUAGAGAUGAAGUGGAUGGGUUUAUUUUUGAUAUUACUCUUAUUAGUUUUCAAGCUUUGAUAGUGUUUAACUAAAAAGUGGUUUAGAAAGGGCUAGAUCCAAUGUGUUCACAUUAAAAAUUGAUAUCAGAUGUAAUUUUAAGUUCAUUCUUUUUCAAACUCAAGUACCAUAUUGGCAACCAUAAUACUGUCAUGGGUGCUGUGUUCUUUAGAUAUUCUUGGGGGGAAUGGCAUUUGUAUGAUAUAUGUGUACAUAUAUAUAUAUAUAUACAUACAGUAUAUAAUCUGAAGCUCUGAGAGCUCUUUAAGUCAGGAAUGCCGAGUAUUAUAGUAUAUUGAAGUUAGAUGAAAUUUUACAUUUUUGCGUGUUCUAUUGCAUACCUUUUGGUAGUUUCUUGGACUGCAUUACUCCAGCGCUCAUGAUUGAUUUUUGUCUUCUAAUUUUCUUCCAAGUGUUUUUUUUUUUAAAUUAUUGUUCGUUUUCUUUGGCUUGAUACUUUUAAACAUGUUACUAGUCACUUGAAAACUCCCUCCACCCCAGAGUAUUUGGUUUUUAUCUUUGUCUCUGGCAGCUAUAACAGUGGUAAGAACAUUUAAAGAUAGCUUCUAGAAGGUACUGGUCCUAUUUCAGAAAUCAUCCUGGGGGAGGAAUUCUGGUCUUUUCAUUUGAGCAGGGAUUUUGUCAGGAUAUGUGUUUUGAUGGAAGGUCAGCAGCAGUGCUAGUAUCUGAAAGCACAAUGCCAGCCAGGCAGGCUGUCCAAUCAGAAGUCAUCUGGCUGAAGUUUAUCUCUGGCUCUCAGGCCUAAUCCCUAGUAUCAUUUUGACCAUUUGGGUGACAUGUGGAAUCAUACAAAGGCUUGGGAAGAAACAAGUUUGUUUAAACCAGGAUGCUUUUACUUACUUGAAGUGUCUUCAAUCUAGACUUCUUCUUUUCAUUUUUAUUAUGUUUUAAAUUCUGUGAUCAGCUACAGUCAGCAUAAAUUCGUCUCUUUAUUUUGAAGAUAAAAAAGGCUGCUUCAUUUUGCAGGAUUAAAUAAAGCUUAUAUCUUAAAGAUUUUUUUCAUUAAAGUGUGUUUUAGAAACAGUGACUAUAUACAUUUUUAGUUAUUUUCAAGAGGCUUUAUUUUAUUGCCUUUGUAGCCCUGAAGACUGUUGGUAUAUUGUUUCCCAUUGACUUAAUACAAAAGUUGUAUAUUUGUUUGGAUUAUAUUUACAUUAUAUUCUUUGUAAAUGUUUGGUGUAACUUGCACUUUUAAAAAUUACCCAGUUUGGGUAUUAUCAACUUGAGAAAUUCCCUCAUCAAUUAAUUGUCAACUGACUUUUUAUGUGUUUCUCCUUUCUUCAAAUAAUGGGACUUUUUUUAAAUGAAAAUUUUUCAUUGAUUAAAAUAUUGUAGCACCUACAGUCUAGCCUUAUAGUUGUAAAAGAAAAAUACCAGUAAAUUAGAUUUGUCUAGCCCCAUUAAUUAGAAGAUGAGGCCUGACCCCUUAUUCGGUUUCAUCUUGGAUAAAGAUAGAAAGAAAAGCAACUCAAGUGAAUAAAUAUUUCCAAUUUUAAAUGAGUGUCUUAUCCUCACCCCAACAUUAAUACUAUUUAUAGGAUGCCAAGAUAUCCAUGGAUUUGUCCAGAAUGGUAAAAGAAUUUUCAAGGCAAUUAUUGUCAUAGUGGAGACCACAUGUAAUCAUUUGAGUAAAUUUAUUUCUCUUAAAAUUGGCCUGGUUAACAUCAAAGAGAUGCUGCCUAAAUUUGACUGAUUUCAGAUGAGGGGGGAGAAAGAAAUGUGUUUAGUAAGCCUUUAGAUCAGCGGUUCUCAACCUGUGGGUCGAGACCCCUUUGGGGGUCGAACGACCCGUUCACAGGGGUCGCCUAAGACCAUCGGAAAACACAUAUAAUUACAUAUUGUUUUGUGAUUAAUCACUAUGCUUUAAUUAUGUUCAAUUUGUAACAAUGAAAUUGGGGGUCACCACAACAUGAGGAACUGUAUUAAAGGGUCGCGGCAUUAGGAAGGUUGAGAACCACUGCUUUAGAUGAAGAGCUGUGGGAUAAAAUUUGCUCACUCCGUUGUAUAAAGCACAACCAGAAUUUUGUGAGUGGCUUACUUGAAGUGACUUCAUACAUCUUGAAUACUUUUAAUGUUGAUGUGUUGACUUUUUUAAGUUGACUGCACAGUCACUGUAUGUACUAGGAACUGGUUUCCUUGACUUUCUAGAAUCAUUGGCUAAGAGAGGCACUAAUCCCUGCGGGGUUGAACAUAUCCUGAAGCUGAGUCAGUAUGGAAGAAUUUAAAAUAAAUCAAACAGGGUGCUGCAGUUCCAUCUGUCUCAGGCUCACGGUAAGUUCUUACUGAUUAGUGAAUGUAGCUUAAGCCUUUGUCUGUGUCCUCAGGGGCAGACUUCAAGAGGGACCAGAUAACGUUUGAAUGGAGGGAUUAUAUUUCAGGUGUUUUAGCUUGAAAUUUAUUUUUUAAAAAAAUAAAAGGGGGGGGGGAAUAGAACAAAGCCUGUGAAGCAAAAUUGAUAUUAUAAAACAGGCAGAGUUGUUUAGCACAGAGAAAAUAUUGACCUGUCUGCAUUCUGGUACUGUGGGUGCAGGUCCUAGCUUGGUAUAACGAUACAUUUUUAAUUCUCACCAGCAAGGAAAAGAAAAAGGAACAGUCUUCAGAAAAUGUCUGCAAAGGGUCAAGCAGUAGGAAAUUCAAAUGUUACCGACUUUAUACAGGCAUUAUUUAAUGCUUGCCUACAGAAGUAUAGCAUUUCCAAGCUUCUGUCUGAAAAGCAUUUCAGAGAUGUGAAAGUAAAUCUGAGGUAGUUGAAAAAUUGGUAAGGACGGGAGAAAAUCCCUGCAGAUACGAUCUUACGUUAGUUGGCCAAGUGAAAUGAUCUAGCAUUGUGUUUGGGAGGUUUUAUUUUCUUACGUUUUUAAAAUUGAAUUGGUAAAUACUUUAUAGGCGUAUUUUUAUCCAGGUGCCACUCCAAUUUGUGUGUGUAAUAAAAUUAUUUAUAUUAAAAGUGGGAAAUAAUUUGUCAACAUUUUUCUGUGAGUAUAGAUUAGGGGUGGCAAAGAAGAGUGCUAGUUAGCAGUUUUCCAAUGUAAAGUUGUCCCUAACUGAUUUGUCCACAUGUUGGUUAUCAUCCCCACCCAAAAAAGGAAUUAUCCUAACCUGGAUGUAUCACUUGAAAAUUUUUAGAAACAAUAAUCAGGGAAGUUUCUAGAGAGUGUUUGCUUUUUUUGGUUUUCCUUUGAGGACUGGGGUAACAAAUACCUCCCCCAAAAAUUAUCAGCACAAAACAGGGUAUUGAUUUUCAACUCUGAUCUUGCUAUUGGAGUUGAAUACUAAAGAACUAUAAUGAGGAAAAUACAUUUCUAAUACAAUUUCCUACAUUCUAGAAACAUCCCUGUUUUAAUUUUUUUACUUAAAUCUUUUUGUGCUUUAUCUGUAAAGAAAUAAAAUGUACUGAAUUAUAAAGCAUUUUAUUAACACUAUGUACAUAGCUGCUUUGUGUUCAGAAUGGUAGCAUUGCUUUGUAUAUUAAAGUGAUCCUUGUGAAUUUGUGAAA